CUACAACUCAUCUUCAUCCAGCGCACAUUCCCCACCAGCCAAAGCCUGCAUAGCCAAGCCUGCACAGCCAAGCCGCCCGAAAUGCCAGUCUACCUAAUCUCCAAAAUCGCCGACCCCAUCUUCGCCCUCACCAUCGGCACCUCGGCGGCAUUAUUGCGCAUUCAGCGCGACCAGCGCGAAAAGUUUCCCGACCAGGCUAAGGAUAUUGGUAUUGGACAUGUGGUUUCGCUGGGCGCGGGGAGAGUGAGAAGGUGGUGGGCGGGGGAUUUUGAGGGGUUGUAAUUACCUUUCUCUCGUUAUACCCGGUCGCUCGGUCUCUGUCGACAUUGCUUUGUUUUGUGUUUGUGUUUGGGGGUUGUGCUGGGGUAUGAUGCUAUGACUAGUGGAUUGAGUGGAUUGGAGGUUGAUAAUGAGGAUAUGGAUGUGUUAUUGGUGGGGAAGGUAUGAGGAUUAUGUUUAUGGGUUGGAUGGGGUGAAUGUGUGUGUAUAUUGGAACUGUA